GUUCAUUCACUCAACAAAUAUUUACUGAGAACCUGCGAAUGCUUGGGACAUUAGGGCACAACAAAAAGGCCAAAGAUGUGUGUCCACAUCCUGAGGUGGUAAUGGGGUGAGGGACAGACUGCACAAUAAAAAACCUACGAUUCACUCCAUGAAAGUGUUGUCGUUUUUCUAGCUGAGCUGGUAAAUUGGACUGUGAAGAAAGAAUGCCCUAAGCAGUGUUAAAUUCACAACCAGGGCCCAAUACUAGAUUCGAUUCACUCACUGACACCUUGGUUGCUAAUUACAAGUCUGAAAUCCAUCAAGGUAGUUAACAUUUCUAAACAUCAAAGCAAUAGCGGUUUUAGGCCCUAAGAAAGUGCAGCCCGGAGAAGUAUUAAUGCAAAAUGUGCUAAGGCUGUUAUUUAAAUUCUAUUCAAAUCGAAUGUGGCUUGCCUAUUUAUAAUCUGACUUAUAAUUCUGGACAACCAAGCUACGUUGGGCUGUGUUCCUCGGCUGCCACAAAUCAUCGUCACAGGCUGAAAGCUCAACUGCUUCGUGCUCUUUAUUUUUUCAUGCCUAUGCCAACGUUGCCGAUGUGGUAAAGCUGUCACCACGCCGCCAGAAGGGCGGCCUCUUUUGGCGCGAGCAGCCUAACAGGCUUCCGGCUGCUGCGGCGUGAGCUCCGAUUUGAUCAGACGCCACUCAGGAAAGGGAUUUAGAUCGUGGCCAUUUUUCAACUAAGUGCGUCUGCGGCAUUUAAUAGCAAAGCAAAAGCCACAUUCUCUAAUCUCCAGUUAGGCGUCCAAGAGGAAGAAAAGUGGUGCUCGCUGGCUGAGGGAGCAGCGUGUCUGCAAUUACAGCCACGUCUCGCCUCCGGGUCUUUUCCUCAGUGUGGGACUGUCUUUUUGUUUUUUGCCUGGUCUGAGCUGGCCCCACAGAAAGAACAGACCAGACGAGCUUACUGAGGUAAAAAAUAGGGGCGGCGGUGAGGUCUAGGGGGUCUACCCAGAACGAGGCAGACACACCAGCGAAAAGCGCCGUAUGGCCAAGGUAACUCAGGCCUAACAAGACACCCACCCCACUCUACCGCCUCUCCGGCCAAGGUUGUCGCUACGGCCCAGAGGGCGGAGCCGCCACAUCUUCGCGCGAGACCAGCCACGCGACUUCCCAGAAGGCCACAGGUAACAUCUUAAUAGCAGCCAGGAAGCCGGACCAGAGCGGAAGGGUGGGCGGGGCUUGCCCGCAUAUUUAGCGGUACCCGAGGCCACGCCCCAGAUCGGAAGUGACGGAGACGAGCUAGCGCGUCGAAGGUAGCUCUAUGGUUUUCCUCGCGUUCUUGAGUCGGGAAAUGGCCGCUGUGUGGUUGCAACGGAGAUAAAUCCCCGGAACCGCGAUUCGGCGUGUCAGGAAUUUGAAUUUAGAGUUUAAUUUCUCAGAGCAUUCUCUCCAGGAAGAAUUUUUACAAUAUCUCAAAAGACUUCACUUGACUUCUUGAUUCUGCAUAAACCCAAGGAGAAAAGAAAUGGGUCGCUCCAAUUCUAGAUCACAUUCUUCAAGGUCAAAGUCUAGAUCACAGUCUAGUUCUCGAUCAAGAUCAAGAUCUCAUUCUCGAAAGAAGCGAUACAGUUCUAGGUCUCGUUCCAGAACAUAUUCAAGGUCUCGUAGUAGAGAUCGUAUGUAUUCUAGAGAUUAUCGUCGCGAUUACAGAAAUAAUAGAGGAAUGAGACGACCUUAUGGGUACAGAGGAAGGGGUAGAGGGUAUUAUCAAGGAGGAGGAGGUAGAUAUCAUCGAGGUGGUUAUAGACCUGUCUGGAAUAGAAGGCACUCUAGGAGUCCUAGACGAGGUCGUUCACGUUCCAGGAGUCCAAAAAGAAGAUCCGUUUCUUCUCAAAGAUCCAGAAGCAGAUCUCGCCGGUCAUAUAGAUCUUCUAGGUCUCCAAGAUCAUCCUCUUCUCGUUCUUCAUCCCCAUAUAGCAAAUCUCCUGUUUCUAAAAGACGAGGGUCUCAGGAAAAACAAACCAAAAAAGCUGAAGGGGAACCCCAAGAAGAGAGUCCGUUGAAAAGUAAAUCACAGGAGGAACCAAAAGAUACAUUUGAACAUGACCCAUCUGAGUCUAUCGAUGAAUUUAAUAAGUCAUCAGCCACAUCUGGUGAUAUUUGGCCUGGCCUUUCAGCUUAUGAUAAUAGUCCUAGAUCACCCCAUAGUCCUUCACCUAUUGCUACACCACCUAGUCAGAGUUCAUCUUGCUCUGAUGCUCCCAUGCUCAGUACAGUUCACUCUGCAAAAAAUACUCCUUCUCAGCAUUCACAUUCCAUUCAGCAUAGUCCUGAAAGGUCUGGGUCUGGUUCUGUUGGAAAUGGAUCUAGUCGAUACAGUCCUUCUCAGAAUAGUCCAAUUCAUCACAUCCCUUCACGAAGAAGUCCUGCAAAGACAAUCACACCACAGAAUGCUCCAAGAGAUGAGUCUAGGGGCCGUUCCUCAUUUUAUCCUGAUGGUGGAGAUCAGGAAACUGCAAAGACUGGGAAGUUCUUAAAAAGGUUCACAGAUGAAGAGUCUAGAGUAUUCCUGCUUGAUAGGGGUAAUACCAGGGAUAAAGAGGCUUCAAAAGAGAAAGGAUCAGAGAAAGGGAGGGCAGAGGGAGAAUGGGAAGAUCAGGAAGCUCUAGAUUACUUCAGUGAUAAAGAGUCUGGAAAACAAAAGUUUAAUGAUUCAGAAGGGGAUGACACAGAGGAGACAGAGGAUUAUAGACAGUUCAGGAAGUCAGUCCUCGCAGAUCAGGGUAAAAGUUUUGCUACUGCAUCUCACCGGAAUACUGAGGAGGAAGGACUCAAGUACAAGUCCAAAGUUUCACUGAAAGGCAAUAGAGAAAGUGAUGGAUUUAGAGAAGAAAAAAAUUAUAAACUUAAAGAGACUGGAUAUGUAGUGGAAAGGCCUAGCACUACAAAAGAUAAGCACAAAGAAGAAGACAAAAAUUCUGAAAGAAUAACAGUAAAGAAAGAAACUCAGUCACCUGAGCAGGUAAAGUCUGAAAAGCUCAAAGACCUCUUUGAUUACAGUCCCCCUCUACACAAGAAUCUGGAUGCACGAGAAAAGUCUACCUUCAGAGAGGAAAGCCCACUUAGGAUCAAAAUGAUAGCGAGUGAUUCUCACCGUCCUGAAGUCAAACUCAAAAUGGCACCCGUUCCUCUUGAUGAUUCUAACAGACCUGCUUCCUUGACUAAAGACAGGCUGCUUGCUAGUACACUUGUCCAUUCUGUCAAGAAGGAGCAAGAAUUCCGAUCCAUCUUUGACCACAUUAAGUUGCCACAAGCCAGCAAAAGCACUUCAGAGUCAUUUAUUCAACACAUUGUGUCCUUGGUUCAUCAUGUUAAAGAGCAAUACUUCAAGUCACCUGCAAUGACCCUAAACGAGCGGUUCACUUCGUAUCAGAAAGCCACUGAAGAACAUAGUACUCGGCAAAAGAGCCCUGAAAUACACAGGAGAAUUGACAUCUCACCAAGUACCCUGAGGAAGCAUACCCGUUUAGCAGGGGAAGAGAGAGUUUUUAAAGAAGAAAAUCAAAAGGGAGAUAAAAAAUUAAGGUGUGACUCUGCUGACCUUCGGCAUGACAUUGAUCGCCGUAGAAAAGAAAGAAGUAAAGAGCGGGGAGAUUCCAAGGGCUCCAGGGAAUCCAGUGGAUCAAGAAAGCAGGAAAAAACUCCAAAAGAUUACAAGGAAUACAAAUCUUACAAAGAUGACAGUAAACAUAAAAGUAGAGAGCAAGAUCAUUCUCGAUCUUCAUCCUCUUCAGCAUCACCUUCUUCUCCCAGUUCUCGAGAAGAAAAGGAGAGUAAGAAGGAAAGAGAAGAAGAAUUUAAAACUCACCAUGAAAUGAAAGAAUACUCAGGCUUUGCAGGAGUUAGCCGACCACGAGGAACCUUUUUUCGAAUUAGAGGCAGAGGAAGAGCCAGAGGAGUUUUUGCUGGGACAAAUACUGGUCCAAACAACUCAAAUACUACUUUUCAAAAGAGACCGAAGGAAGAGGAAUGGGAUCCAGAAUAUACCCCAAAGAGCAAGAAGUACUUCUUGCAUGACGACAGAGAUGAUGGUGUGGAUUAUUGGGCCAAAAGAGGAAGAGGUCGUGGUACUUUUCAACGUGGCAGAGGGCGCUUUAACUUCAAAAAAUCAGGUAGCAGUCCUAAAUGGACUCAUGACAAAUACCAAGGGGAUGGGAUUGUUGAAGAUGAAGAAGAGACCAUGGAAAAUAAUGAAGAAAAGAAGGACAGACGCAAGGAAGAAAAGGAAUAAUAAAUAUGAAGUAAGAUUACAAGAGAGCAGAACUUGCACCCACCAUUUUUUUUUACCUGAUUUUUGUUUUCAAAUAAGAACGUAAGCAUUUUACUUAAAUUUUACUGUUUGCAAGUAGUCUAUAGAAAUUUUGUUUGAAGUCUUCAAAUAUCUUGAGAAAUAGUAGACUGUAUGUUGAAAAUUGUACUGAAAUAAAGUAGAAAAUUGUUACGUACCAUAUUUGUAACUAUCAACUUUUAAAACUUUUAACGUUUUUGUUACAUGCAUUGUAAUUCUGCUUUGUCUAUAAGAUAUGGUCAAGUACAGCUCUGUGAAAGUUCUGAUUCUCUUCCUUCCCUGUUUGUCAAUGUUUUAUUCUGAAGUAAACGUUAGCUCUACAUAUAAAUCCUGGAACAGAAAUUGUUUAUAGAGACUACACUAAUUAUUUUAACUGUAUACAUCUGUUUAAUUUGAACACACUACAUUGUAGGGUGACUAAUUUUUGAAGUAUACCACAGACAAAAAGUUGUUACUUUGGUAAACUAAGCUAGUUUAACACUUGAGCAAAUGCUUAAGAAGGAAUUAAAAAAAAAAACAAAGCUUUGCCAAUAGCUAAAAAGUACAAGCUAUUAAAAAUCAGAUUGAAAAGUUUUGAGAAAAUGUUAUUUUUACUGAAAGCAAGCAGUGGCCUAUAAAGAACAUUCUUAGGAGCCUUUUCUAUUUGCGUUCAAAACUGAGUGUUCUCUUUCUAUUCCUAUUUGAUAGUUUGAGUCAUGGUCUUAGAUACUAGCUAUUUGCGAGAGAAAACUGGUUUGUAACAAUACUGCAAAUAGAAACCCCAUUUCUACUGAACAUCCUAGUUUUAAACAGAAGAAAAACUGUAAUCCUGGGGUUGGUAUGGAGGAGGUUUAUCCUGCAGAAUAAGUUGAUACAUUAGUACCUGAUUUCAUAUCUUACAUAUUUAUUUGAGCUGAACAUUAGUUUGUAGUGUAACUAUUAGUAAAAAUAGAGAAACACAGCAUACUGUUCAUUAAUAGUGUUUUAAGAAAAUUGUUUUUCAAAUGUCACCAAUAAAAGUUUUGGCAGGAGCUUGUUGCCGCAUUGAUCUAACUUUUUUCCCCCCCAUUUCAGUUGCAGUUUGUAGAAUGGCUUUUUCUUUUUCCUCUUAAGCGUUCUAUUCUUCAAGUAGAUAAUUUUUCAAAUGUGAAUUAUCUUUUGUGUCUAUAUUGAUAGCUCUUAAAGGAGUGAAAAUCUAAAAUAGUAAAUUUCAGUGUUAAGUCUGUCUGCUUUAUGGGCAUAUAUAAAAGUAGACACAUUUCAUUUGUUAAUUUAGUUGUGUGUGUUAAAAGGAGCUAAUGCUUAUUCUGUUAAUGUAAACUUUUGAAGAUCUUAAGUGUAUUGCUCUUUCAUCUUAAACACUUUCGAGGAUUUGCAAUGCGUCUAGCACCUAGAUUACAGCCAGGGACAUUGGUUAAGAACUGUUGGAAACAAAACUAAAAGCAAACUCAACGUAUGUGAUGUUUAUGGCCCUCAGAUCCUUAGUAUUGUGUGAUUUUCCCCUGUUAACAUGUCUUUCUGAAAUUGUCUAUUAAAGCAGAGGAGAUACCUGCCAAAGGAAGUAUGUAUUGCAUUAAUCAGGACAUAACUAAUAUUCUCCUGUUCAGAGUAAUACUUAUUUACGUGUGAAAGCAACAUGGAUGUGAUUCCCAACAGAAUUUUCAUGACCCUUUUAUUGUAUACAAAUAAAUACCAUAACAGUUACUUGGUUAGACAUCAAAUCUGUGUGCAUGACUAUGUGCUUAUCCACUUAAGACAAUAGGUAAAAGGGGAUCUGAGAAAUUAUGUAAUAGGGAGUGGGAAUAAAGCUACUUAAUUCCUGUGGGCAGGUUAUAUUUUAAGUUCAAAUGCAUUGCUUUACCUUUGGUUACUUUUAUUCUAUUAAACAAAAUUGAGGAAAGAGUAUUAUACCAGAGUGUAGUAGGCUAGGGUGAUUGUAAGAACUCUGUAAUAGAAUGCCAUUGUGGAUGUUACCUUUUUCAGAUCCAAGCAUAUAAAAAGUAGCCUGUAUAUUUUUUUAAAACACAUCUUAACUCCACGCUUUACAGUAUUAUAAAAGUUGAAUGGUUCCUCUUGGUAAGGAUAUUUGCUUACAAGUGCUAGGAAAUAACUCAUUGACACCUGCGUUAACAUACUUUGUUUUGCCUAGAGAGGGGCAAUAAAAAUGAACCAAAGGAUAUUUCCAGAAAGGAUUAAGAAAGCUGUUUAAGAAGGCCAUGACUCUUUAGGUGUGUAUGUGUACCUUUCAGCAUCCUAGGAAUUUUUAUACUAAAAGCAAAAUGUUUUUCCAGUUACAGUCUACUUCAAGGAAUUACUAUUUUUCCUUUUGUCACAGGUAAAAUCAUUGUUGGGAAUUAUAAUUUGAGAAAAAUAUUACCCAGUAACAUUGAAUGUAGAUGGCUAAACGAUUCUUACUCAGUGUGAUGUAUAAUGCAACAGGGACCCUUGUAAAUUGUCAUACGCCAAUAAAAUGUUACAAGUAAUAA